CAUAUGUGCGGAUUGAUACAACACUGUUUUCUUCUGCGGUCGCCGACUUCACGUCGCCAGUGCUACGAGCGAAGCCAUAAUGUUUUGUGUAGGCCUACGUGCGACGUAAACAUUUGCAAAGUGGCGGUGAUGUGACAAUUCACAGACAUUACGUCAAUUAAUACAAGAUAUUUAGGGGUAGAGACUAGCUGACGGUAAUUUUGUUCAUUCUUUAUUCACCACUGUGGUUGCUAAAUUCACGUAGAUUCUGCUGCCUAUGUUGAACAGUAAUGUUUUAAUGCCCUUGUUCAUUUCACAGAAGGGUUAUAUGUUGUAUUUUAUUUUAAAACAGUGACCCCGGGGCGGCCGCGAUGGACGCGGACGAGGCGGAGUCGUCCAGCUCGGGGGGCCCCAUCUCGUCGCUGAACAGCCUGUUCUCGUUCACGUCGCCCGCCGUCAAGAAGCUGCUGGGCUGGAAGCAGGGCGACGAGGAGGAGAAGUGGGCGGAGAAGGCCGUCGACUCGCUGGUCAAGAAGCUCAAGAAGAAGAAGGGGGCGAUCGAGGAGCUGGAGCGGGCGCUGAGCUCCCCCGGGCAGGCCAGCGAGUGCGUCACCAUCCCCCGCAGCCUGGACGGCCGUCUGCAGGUGUCUCAUCGGAAGGGAUUGCCGCACGUCAUCUACUGCCGCGUCUGGCGGUGGCCCGACUUGCAGUCCCACCAUGAGCUCAAGCCGAUGGAGAACUGCCGGUUCCCGUUCUCCGCCAAGCAGAAGGAAGUGUGCAUCAACCCGUACCACUACAAGCGAGUCGAGAGUCCAGUCCUGCCGCCGGUGCUGGUGCCGCGCCACAGCGAGUUCGCGCCGGGCCACUCGAUGCUGCCCUUCCAGCAGCUGCCAGAGCCGGCCAUGCCCCACAACGUGUCCUACUCGGCGGGGGGCGGGUUCACCAACGGCGGGGGCGGCCACUCGCACCUGGGCGGGGGCCCCACCUCGCCGCUCAGCGGCGUCUCCAGCCCGGGCAGCCAGCACUCGGGCCCCCAGAGCCCCUACGGCAGCAACGGCCUGCCAGAGACGCCGCCGCCCGCCUACAGCCCCCCGGAGGACAGCCAGGCGGGCCAGAACUCCGGGUUGUCGGACCCCACAGCCAUGGACACCAACAACAUCAUGAGCUCCGAGGUUGCUCCGGUGUCGUACCAGGAGCCGGUGUACUGGGCGGACAUCGCCUACUACGAGCUGAACUGCCGGGUCGGCGAGGUGUUCCACUGCCAGACCAACGUGAUCGUGAUAGACGGCUUCACCAACCCCUGCAACAACUCGGACCGCUUCUGCCUGGGGCAGCUCUCCAACGUCAACCGGAACUCCACGAUAGAGAACACGCGGAGGCACAUAGGCAAAGGGGUUCAGCUGUUCUACAUCGGCGGGGAGGUGUACGCGCAGAACAAGUCGGACAGCGCGAUCUUCGUGCAGUCGCGCAACUGCAACCACCACCACGGCUUCCACCCGUCCACGGUGUGCAAGAUCCCGCCCGGCUGCUCGCUCAAGAUCUUCAACAACCAGGAGUUCGCCCAGCUGCUGUCGCAGAGCGUCAACCACGGCUUCGAGGCCGUCUACGAGCUCACCAAGAUGUGCACCAUCAGGAUGUCGUUCGUGAAGGGCUGGGGCGCGGAGUACCACCGGCAGGACGUGACGAGCACCCCCUGCUGGGUGGAGAUCCACCUGAACGGGCCGUUGCAGUGGCUGGACAAGGUGCUGGUGCAGAUGGGCUCCCCCAUCAACGCCAUCUCCUCCGUGUCUUGAGGCCCGGCCGUCUCCUGCAGGUCUUGUGGGCCGUGGGCGGGGAGGGAGCUGGCCCCCUCUGCCGCCGUCCUCGUCUGAACCUGGCUCCUGGGGACGUCGCACGUGCGUUGUGUUUCCUACUUGGAUCUCCCGGCGGCGCGACCGAGACACGGUGCCGUGUCUGAAAGGUGGGCUGGGGUCGACGAUUCUGCCAUUCGCAAUUUCAGCGGGAAAGCCGCUCGUGCGGUUCGCUGCGUAACGACGACGUGUUGCGACACGUUUGCAAAGACGUCGCCGGAAAGCCGUACAGACUUUAAAUGUUGUGAAGUUGCUCAAUGGUGAAUAAUUUUAUGUGAUAUCUAGGACUUCUGAGGAAACUGUAAAUACAUAACGUUAAUUUUUUUUCUCGUGUGGAGGGGGAAGAAAAAAAAAUGUUAUCCUCGCACGUGUGAGUUUUGUGUGUUUCGUGGAAAUGUUGCUUGGGAAGGUCUGCGAGUGCGGUGUGUGUAAUCACCGGUGCAGAUGCGCCGAGCGUCGGUCUUCGAAAGACAAGGAAGAAGGUUUUACAUUUUUUAAGUGCCCAUUUCCGUUUGUGUGGCGGCGAUGUGGGAUUCUUAAAGGGGCUACGUUUCGGUAGUCCAGUUUUAAAAAACAAACGUGUGGCGGGGAGGAUAGUGACAAUGCAAAGCUCCAUUAGCGGGAGCUGAAUUAUUGAUCUCUACAUAAUUAUGCUGACUUCACUAUUGUAGUUUUAGAAGAUUUUUUUUUUUCUUUCCUUAUUAUCUUCUCCAUUAACGUCUGCAUAUUUUUGACUAUUGUUUUGUACAGUUCAGUGCUAUGUUUGAUAGUUCAACAAUCAUGUUUGCAAUGCAGUUAAUUUGUUCCUCUAUAUGAUCUAAACGAGUGGUUUAGCAUAUUCAAUUUAUAUUUGGGAUGUUAAAGUGUGUGUAAUUUUUUUAGUUAACUCACAAAGUACAAAAUAAUCUGAAUGGUGAGGAAUGUGAUUACUUUUUCAAACUUUGUAGACUGGAAAAAAUAUUUUUAUAUGCCUUUAUUUCAAUUAUCCCGAUUGUAUUUAGAUGCCUAUACGUUAAAUUAUAAAAUCUCAGGUCAGAAUAUUUCUCUCCGAGGCAUAAGUUCUUGCAAAAGUGCUCUAUAUGUUGCGUAAGAAGGGUGAUUGAUAAAAUUGGCUAGGUGUGAACUACCAAUCAUAUAACUGGAUGCAAGCUCAAUCUGGGUUUGUUGUUUUUAGCUGUUGCACAUAGCUUAAUGUCUGUUGAAUUGUUUUUUAUAUUACUUUUAUUCUGUGGAAAUUUGUAAAUGUGGCAUUUUUUCAUUGCUAGAUCAUCAUUGUCGUGUAAAUACAUAGUGACGUAAGAUUCUGUCAGUUUUUUUGGCUGUUAAGAAGUGGAUGUUACAUUUUAUUCAAGUUUACAAUAAAUGAGGAGAGUUGAUAGUUGUUUAUUACUAUACUUUUUUAUUUUGUUUUUUAUUUUUUCUGUAUGUUGGACUUUUCAGUGUCAUAUUUAUGAACAUCUGAUGUGUGUUAAAUUGUAAUUCAGCAUGAAAGCAGUUGUAUGUGUAGUGAUUUUCAAUGUAUUAUUUAUGAUUGUGGCUAUAGAAUUUUGUUUCAUAAUUUAUCAUGGAUAUGCAUGCAUGUAAAUUUAUUUUAAAAAUUUUUUUCAAAAUUUCAGGCACAUAAUUAUUGAAUGUGAACACGAGGUAUCAAAGGCUGUAUUAUUCAAAGUACAGACACUCAUUUUAAUGUUUAUUUGCAAGAGCAAAACACUCGGUAUAAAUUAAGUCAACCUAAUGUUUUCCUUAAGAAUGAAUAAUGCACCUAAUUAUGUUCAUCUUUGAUAAUUUGUAAACUGCAGUGGAACACUGCAGGUUUAAUGUUACUUUCACGGUGUAAAAUUUUACUUUGCGACUUUGUGUACUUUUUGACAAUUUAUUUUGUAACUAAGCAGCCAAUGUUCUGAAAAUUAAAAUGUUUAUUUCCUCAAAUAA